AUGUCAGACGACAACCAGCCCACCGGCCUCGUGGCUCUGCCACCCGAGCUGGUCGCCAGCGUCCUCGAUUUCGUGGAUCCCCCCUCUCUGGUAGACUUCGCAUGCACAUGCAAUUUCCUCGCUCAAUGCUCUCGAGAUAUCCUCAAGCAGCACCAACUCGCCCAUCAGUAUCGCGUUUGCACUGACAUCCUUCCGACCACUUUACCCGCCCUACUUCGCAAAGUCCGAGUGGAUCCGAUCUGCGCGUGGCACGUCCGGGAUCUUGAAUCAUGCUACGGGAGAAAGCACUGGGCGCAUUGGAAGGAGUUCAAAUUCCAGUAUGAAGAGAGUUCGAAUAGGAGAGGCAGGCCGCCGCCUCCGGAUUAUGCAUUCACGAAAGACGAGCGGGUGGAGUUGCUGGAUCUACUAAGGAAGCAUUUCCAUUUCACGGAGCAGGAUGUCGACGGAGCCCGGGAAGACCUCGAAAAGGGUAACGAUGCGCCUCUUAAGCUGUUGGUGUUUGCCUUUUGUCCGCGAGUACGAUCGCUGAAGUUCUCUCGGCAUCUGGACUCCUCUUCGCGAGAUGCUUUCGAGCCGCAAGGCAUUGCUUUGCCCCGCCGUCCACCACGGUCGAGUCUGGACUAUAUCCAGCGUGCGAUCAAUCUUCAUCUCCAACAGAGCGAACAGGCUUGGCCUGUAGGUUUUUCAUCUUUGAGCGACAUUGGUGUUGGCGUUGGGACUGGAACAAUGGAGAUUGAUGACCCCGAACUCAGCUUCUCGCCGCAUGUGUUUGCUGAUCUGAUGCACUUACCCAAUCUGCAAUCCAUCUACUUCUAUGGCCUGAGGCACGACAUCGAUGAAAUGAUUGCAGACGACCAGGAUGGUACAGUCGCACCCUACAACAUCGACGAACGCUCCUCCUCUCUCCAACACAUUCUCCUGGACAACGUCAACGGCCUAAGUUGGAAAUACCGCAACGCGAUGAUCGCCGGCUGCCGAGAGCUCAAGUCUCUCACCAUCACCGAUAGCGAGAUGGACGACAUUGACGCGAUUGUUCAAAGCGCAGCCCACUACCACGGGGACUCGAUGGAGACUCUGAUGUUCUACGAGACUCGUCUGCUGCAUGGCUAUCGGUGCAACAUGUUCAGACCAGAGUCAAUCAACGGAUUCAACAACCUGCGAACCGUCUACAUCGAUGCCAGCGACGUGAUGCUGGAUGCGAUGUACAAUCACGAGGGCGAUGCUCAUGAUGGCCUGAACCAUGAAUGGAUCGGCGAUCGCGAGUUCUUUAUCGAAUUCUUCAUGAACUCGGCUUUUCCUGAGAGCAUGGAGGUGCUAGUGCUGGGCAGUAUGGGGCGUGGAAGAAUGCCUGAUGGAGACGUCGAAUUCUUCGACCAGGCCAUUGAGACCAUGAUACAGACGAUGCGCGAGCCGGAGGCAGACUCUGACGAAGACUCAGCUGACGGAAAGAGUGAAGGUUCUCAAGACUCCGAAUCCUCGACCAAGACCUUCGACCGACGCUUCCCCAACCUCAAAGCAAUCUACCUAGGCGCAUUGGACGAACUCGGCACCGAUGGCGAGGGGGGCGUACGCGUGCCAGCACCACGCAAGAAACGAUGGUUCUCAAGGGCCAUCGCCGCGGGACGAAAGGCCGGCGUCGAUGUUCACACGAGGACGACACGUGGGCAGCCGAUCCACGACAUUCAAUUCCCAACUACGCCGAAUUUUGCAGACCUCAAAUCGGCACCUGAUCCACCGCAGGAGCCGUGGGUUUUCGAUUUCUAUAAUGGAUGUUGGAAACCGCGGUCGUGUGGGAAUUGCGGAGAUUGUGAGGAGUGUUUCCGACAGUAUGAUAGGCGUGUUUGGAAGGAGGUCAAGGACGAGUAUCUCCGGAUCGAUUUUGGAGUGCGUCGCUCCGCAUCUGUGACUUCAAACGAUGUCAGAGAACAAGUUAUGCUGGGGAUAGAGGCGAUCAGAGCGUCUGGAGACGACUCUGAAGAAGCCUAA